AAACAGAGUCUAGUUCAGGGAUGCGACGGAGCUAAGAGCUUGCUCAGCCAAUGGGAGCAGCUCGUAGGGAGCGCGGGAGGCUUUUGAUUGAGGGAAGAAGAGAAUGGCCGUGGCCUGGAGGUAAGGGAGGCCCGAACCCAGGUUUUAGCCAGAGAAAAGAGAGAAACGACUUUUAGGAGAACCAGGGCCAUUGAGAAGUGAGUGGGAGACUUCAAGAGAGUACUGUGGUGGAAAGUAGAGUCCACGGAUCCGGGGACUGAAGAAGUACAAACGAUUUCCCUGCAGUUGGAAAACUGGGAGAGGGGCUCGUGGCUUGGAGAAGAGGCGGGGCUUGGGACACUGACCUCGGAGGGGCGGUCCCGGGGGCUCGCGGCACUGACCUCCGGGGUGGGGGGGGUGGGGUGCAACUCUAAGUAGGGGGCCCGCUGCGCUGACCUCGGAGGGAGAGUCCACAGGUGACUUGGGGGGGAGUGGUGGGCGCGUGGCGGUAUCAUCGGAGAGGCAUCCCUGAGGUGGGGGUGCCUGGUGCUAACCUCCGAGGGACAUCUCCAGGGACUCUCGGCUCUGACCUCGGAGAGGGGGCGCAGACCCCUCUCGGGCAGCAUGACCUGCUGUCAUAACGUACUGCUGCUACUGGACACUGCCGGUACCGCCAGGAAGAACCAUGUCCAGCUGGUUGCCCUACGGAUCCUCAACUACCUAAGCUGCCGUUUUGGCCUGGGCAGAGUCCGCUGGGGUUUCCAGUUCUUCGACUCUCUGGGGGCCCGAAGCCGGCCCUCGCGGGUUUCCGAUUUCCGUGAGCUGGGGCCCAGCAGCUGGGAAGACUUUGAGGAGGAACUGGAGGCCAGGUUCUCGGACAGAUCCCAGCGUCCUCACUUGCCGGGCCCAGCGACCAGAGCCACCCACACUCAGAACGUCCUGACAGAAACUCUCCUCGAUUACCAGUGGGACCGGCCUGACAUCUCGUCGCCUACAAAACCCUUCCUGAGAAGCAGCAGGCGACGGUUGCUGGGGUCCCCUGAUGAACCUGGAGGGGCUGAUGCUGACCUCAGGGGCUUUGUGAAUGCCGUUUUCCUCUUUUCCCCUUGCCCUCAUUCCCAGAGGGAGCUGCUACAGUUUGUGGCCAGAAAUGAUCCCCAUUCCCAGCACCUACUGCCCACCACCCAAGUGGUCAUGGAAAAGCUAUUGCCCAAGAGAGUCCAGGAAAUUCUGAUGGACAGAAAGAUUUCUCUUUAUUGGGUGGAUACUACUGAAACCUUUAAGCUGCAAGACUCCCCAGACCACCUUGGAUACUGGACAAUGUUUGAACUAUUCCACCGUAUAGGAGGGACUAUUUUGCCUUCUGAAACUUUAGCCCAUUGCUUUAAUCAAGAUGGUGAAAAAUUGCCCUACUGUGAAAGGAUGAAUGUUGACCAGGGACAUGCUCAACCCCAGUUCUCCCCAUGGAUUUCAAGUUUGCCAUUUGAGUCCACUUUAAACUGCUUGCUAUGCCAUUCACCCAAACACCAGGCAUCAUUUCCACAGAUAGAAGGGACAUUAUUCCUGCCUGUUAAAGGUAAUAAGCCUCAACAGACAUGGACAGUCACUCUUGAGCCUUUAGCUAUGCCUCAAAGAAACUUUGAGAGACCAGUCAGUAUUUUCUUGAAUGGCAUUGUAACCCACUGGACCCAUCCAAUGAGCAAUAGGUUUGGCACAGAUACCUGGAUGCUACAGAGCAUGGGGAAUGAGAAAUCAGAGCAAGGAAAGUUAUUUCAACAACUCAUUAGAAGACUGACCGUUGAAGAAUUACAUUUGGUUGCUGAUGUGGUUCCUGGUGAAGGUUGCCCACCUAGUACUGGAAUUAUAUCCCCUCUCUCGGCUACUGCUACAAUUCUCACUGUGUUUCGCAGUGAACACAGUGAGUUCCAGAAAAAUCUCCAUGAAGUUGUAACAGAAAAUCUUCAGGAUACAACCUACCUUCUCCCAGAUGUUAUAAAUAGUGUACUGAACCAGAUUCAUAAUUCACAUGAAAAUUCUAAUACCUUUGUAGAUAUUCCUAUUCCUGAGUGGGCCCAGCAGGAACUAAGCCAGACUCAUCCUUGGAGUGUUGCAAUUGUGGAAAAAUGGUUUCCGUUCUCUAAUCACAGUGGUGCCAGUUCAAAUUUAAUGGAAUUAUUUUGGCUACUACAGGCUACAUCUACUAAUAAGGAAGACUCUUCUAGGAUAGAAGGAGAGUUAACACAUUUUCUUUCUGAGUUCUACCAGAGAAAAUCUCGUGAAGAAUUUACUGCAGUUAGUCAAGAAGAUAACAAAAAGAAACGAGGGGUCCCUGGUACUCCAGUCAGACAAAAGAUGAAGAGCAUGUCACGUUCUCUAAAAAUGUUGAAUGUUGCAAGAUUGAAUGUUAAAGCUCAGAAACUUCAGCCAGAUUGCAGUCCAUCCUCAUCAACUGGGGAGAAAAUAGUCCAAAAGGCAGCUUCCAGAAGAACUGAGGAAAAAUUAGAAGAGAAAGGAAAAAUGUUGAGAAGUUCUAAACCUAAAGAUUUUAAAACUGAGGAGGAGCUACUCUCUCAUUUAAAUGAAAACUACCAAAAAACUGUGGACAUGGGAGAAAUAUUGACACAUACAAGUGCCCAGAAUAUGAUUCUAGCCGUUAAAAUGUUCCUAAAAUCCAGAGGCAUCAAUGAAUUAGAAAUGACCUGUUUAGAUCGAGUAAAAAAUUAUCUCCUAAAGACUAGUAAAGGUCUUCGACAGCAACUGAGGAAAAAUCUGGAUAAAGAAGCCAAAAUCAGAGAGUGCCAGCUUCAGGUGUUUCUUCGUUUGGAGAUAUGUUUGCAGUGCCCUUCAAUACAGAACAGUUCAGAUGACAUGGAACACUUAGUAGAAGAGGUGACAGACUUGCUUCGAGCAGUUUGUUUAACUGAGGAUUCAGCAUACUUAUCAAGGUUUUUGGAGGAAAUUUUGGGAUUGUAUAUUGACUCCAUUCCAAAGACACUUGGAAAUCUUUACUAUAGCCUAGGAUUUGUGAUUCCCCAGAAGCUAGCUGUCAUCCUUCCUGCAGAUUUCUUCAGUGAUGAUUCCAUGACACAGGAGAGUGGCUCACCAACAGUUUCUGUGCCAAAUACUCGUAGCACAGCAUCAGUUAGCACUGAAUCUGACCAACUGGAGGAACUGCGUAUCCGAUCAGCCAAGAAAAGGAAACAUGCAUUAACAAGACAUAGGAGUGUGACAGAAUCAGCACAGAAUCUCCGGCAAAUUGAAAUUCCUAAGGUUCCCAAGAGAGCUACCAAAAAAGAAAACUUCCAUCCUAGUCAUCAGCAGCCACCACUCCCAGGAAAAGAUUUGGUUCAAGAAGUGACCAAAGUUCGAAGAAACCUUUUUAACCAAGAGAUGCUUUCUCCUUCAAAAAGAUCUCUGAAAAGACUGCCCCGGUGUCAUUCAGUGUCAGCGGUUGAAGGGUUGAAAUAUAAAGUUGAUGGCAAGGAGAUUCAAGAUUAUCAUAAACUGCUGACAAAGAGAGUAUCAGAGACUCCAUUGCAUAAACAGGUAUCUGGAAGACUACUUCAAAGACAAAUUAAGGGCAGGUCCUCUGAUCCUGGCCCUGACAUUGAGGUUGUUGAAGAGUCCCCUGAAAAAGAAGAAUGUGAAACGAAUGUAAGACGAAGUCCUCGUAUCAAGCAUCUGUCAUUUGUCAGAACAAACUCUGCUUCUUUCUACCCUAUCUCACAACCAAAGCCUCGAAAUAUACAGAGAGUAUACAUGAGACAAAAGGACGAAUCAGGUAUUAAGGAAUGUCCUAUAGUUCAGAGUAUCCGAUCUCCUAAGAGGCUUCUUUUUGGCGCAGUCUCCGAGAUGACUACUCCCACAAAGGAAUUGCCCCAAACUAAAAGGUCUGCAAAAAAUUCACUGGAGUCUGAGAAGCUUGUUGUUUAUCAGACCCCUAGGAAAAAUGACCAGGAGCCUCGAACCCCUGUUGACAAAAUUCUAAGGAGAUCUCCUCGAACACCCCAAAUGGCAUCUCACACUCCAAGAAAACAAAGAAAAAUUACUUCAAAAAAUAUAUCAGUAGAUCAGAUGGCUACAGAAGACUUCUCAUCUGACUUAGAAGUUGCAUCACUAUCUGUGGCAAAAGUAAUCCCUCAGAAGGAAAGCUCCCUGGCAAAAGAAUUCCCCUCUCCUCUUGAGAAGAUGGAGUUAACUCCCAAAAGGCAAAGAAGUCAGACACCUGAACUUUUAGAGACUCCUCCUUGGUCAUUACAAAGGAAUUCCAGUCUAGCCAAUGUUUCUUGUCUAGGAGCUGAGCUCCCGUUUACUAUCCAGACCACUGAUACUAACUAUCUGACUCCCAUUAAAUAUUCCCAGAAAACACCUCAGAAAUCAGUAGCCUCUACAUCUCAAACAAGGCCUGGCCAAAUAAUGGCAGUAACACCUCUAACUCAGAGAAAUCAAAAUCCAAAUGUUCUCAUACAUACAAUUUCUCAGCCAGUGGAAAGUGUUAAGGAAUUUAAAGAUAAAAGUGCCCAAAACGUAAAAGGAACAGGAAAUAUGGUUGCUGCUUUCACACCACCUAUUUCUUCCCAAAAAAAAAAACUAUUUAAUUUUCCACCACAAAAUGCUUCUGUAAAGACUCCAUCUAGGAAAUCUUUUGUGGAUUCUCCUCCUGGACUCGGAGAAUUUAGUUGGAGUAUGCUUGAGAAAUCACCAAAUCUGACAGUUGCACCUCUUGACUGUAGCCUUAUCUCAACUCCCAGAAAGAGUUCAAGGGUAACUAAAUCUAGCGAUUGCCUCCCUCCACCACCUUCCAAAACCAGGAAACAACAUAUGAAUAGAAACAAUUCCAUCCUUGAGAGAAAUUUGUCACUUCAUCAGUUCAAUACCUCUGAUUAUUCUAUAGUUGAACAAAGAGAUACAGCAACUAUCAUCUCAUCCCCUAAAAAGGAGCAGAAAAAAGUAAACCUUUCUUCAUUUUCCUCUAAUGAAGAUUUUCGCCCUUUAGUUGGUGCAGAGUAUGAAUGGUUUAAUUCCUCUCCUCUACUCAUUACCCAGAAUACAACAGAACAGCAGAGCAGUGAUGAUUCAGAGACUUGUAUAUCACCAGCUGAAGGGUUAAAAAUGGCUCCAACUUAUAAACAGCCUUCUACAUAUGAGAUGACUUCUCCACCGAUUAGGUCCAAUUCUCCUUUGGGACCUUCCUAUGCCCUGCGUUGUACUGCAGAUAGAAGGCAGAGACAGGCUGCAGCAAGACUAGCAGAUCCAAAAGCUUCACCUCAGCUUUCAAAAGACCACCUGAAAGUGAUUUCUCCUAGCCCUCCAACAUAUGAAGUAGAACUGGAGAUGCAAGCCUCUGGCCUACCCAAGCUUCGUAUUAAAAGGGUAGACUCCAGUUCUAUCAAUUCUGAAAACCAAAACAAGGUGGAUACAUCUCUGGAAGGAGGAGAGAACUUUUCUGAUCUUGGGUGCACAUUGCCUCAGGGUAAACCUAGCCAACUUGAAGCUGCUUAUAUCUCUCCUCCAUGUCUUCGUUCUCAUAGUACCCCAGGCAAGAGUGGGGGCCAGAUGUUUAUCUGUCAGUCAUAUACUCCAACUCACUGUGCCUCUAACACUACCUCCCCCUCCCCAAGAGAUGUUUGGGUUCCCUGGACACCAUCUCCCAGGCACAAAGGGAAGACCACUCCUGAUACGAUCCAAGACUGGCCAAGAAAAAAGAAGGCAGUGGGCAGCAGUAUUAAUUCCUGUGGUGGGAGAAAUGAAAGAGGUUUUGAUCUCUUGGGCAACAUAUCUGGUCUUGAAGAGGAGGGAAAGGAGAGAGCUUUUGAGCAGUGCAUUAGCAAAGCUCCUAUCUUGGGGGAUUUUGAAUUUGAGGGAAUAUAUCGGCUUCCAGAUCAGUCACCUUCUAGUGACAGUGAGCCUAGAACUGAGGAGAGUUAUUCAAAGGGGCAAUUUGGAUUGUUCUCUAGGAAAAGACCCUUUUCCUCUAAGGAAAGUGAGUUCCAAACCAAAAGAAUUUGUGGCAGCCAACAAGGAAACCAGGUCAUUUCUGCUGAUAGCAAAACUAGUGAAGAAAGAAAAUCUCCAGGUAGAAGUACGAGACAGUCUUCCUCCACUGGGGAUGAUGAAGUAUUUGUUUCAGGCUCUACCCCACCUAAUGCUAAUGGUGCUGUGAGAAGUUGCCUCUCUGCUAGUGGUCUUCGUGCACUGACCCAGUCUCCACUACUGUACCAAGGAAAAGCACCUUCCUUUCAACGAAAGGAUAUUAGAGAUGAAGAGAUGGAUGUAUUUCCAAGUACUACAAACCAAGAGUCUCCUUUCAACAUAGCAAUCUCUCGAAGACAUCCCAUUAAUAGAACUUAUUCUCGGAAAAAGCUGCUCAGCUAGUAAAAUUGGGUUGUAGUCACUGGGUUAUAGCCAUUAUUAACUUUAUCCAAGGCCACCUGUCACAACAGGAAUUCUGUUUUUGUCUCCAGUCUAAAGACUGACUUUCAUCAGAUGUAUCAGAUGUUCACAGUCUUCUGUGAAGAAUGAAUUUGUGAAAUAAUGCCAGAAAAUCCUGUUCAUCUUCCAUAAGCCUGGGCUGAAAGAUUUCUGCAAUGCUUGUGGCCCUUUUAAACAAUCAGAGAAUAUCAGGAAGGGCAGAGAAAGCCAAGCAAAAGGGGGUUGAAAACCUGGCUUCAAGCCUCUUCUGCCAUUCUUGGUCCUCAGAGUCUAGCUAGAAUGUUUGGGGGUUAUUAUUUCCUGCAUUCAAUUCCUCCAUCUUUUGCUCCACACACUACCCAGGAAGGAGCAAGUAGUACCUUGAGAUCAUGAAGGCAGCAUCUAAUGCAGUAGAAGAAAUGGCCUGCAUUCCCUUUGUGUAAUAUAAUAAAUUGUUACUUGAAGCACUGGACUCAAUGUACAGAAGCAAUAUCACACAGUAGAAAAAGCAAUGGCCUUGAGGUCAGAAGACCUAGGUUCAAAUUCUUUCUCUACCACUUAUUACCAAGUGACUUUAAGCAAGUCAUUUAACAGUAGAGCUUGUUUCCUCAACUGUAAAAUUGGAAAUAACCCUCUAUCUAACAGGGUUAUGAUCUCCAAAUGAAAUAACUGUAAAGUGCUAUAUAAAUAUAAGCUAUUAUUUCUACUUUUCCAAUCCUCCCCAUGUCUAGACUUGGGUCGGUUGUAAUCUUAAACGUAUUUGCUUGCCAUUAAGGGUGUGUGUUUUCCAGAAUAAUACUUUUUGAAAGUCACAUUUCCAUGUUUGAAACAUCUUUCUACCUUUCAGAAAAAUGUAUGUAUAGGGUUCUACCUAUGAGUUCAAAACAGUUUACCUCAGGGAUGAAAGAAAAAAAAAACUUUUUUUCUGAGUUUAUAAGUGAAUUUGUUCCUGAAUGUCAGUGUUAGGGUAGAAAAGAACUUAGAUCUCAUAUUUAGCCCUACCCGAAAUACCUUGCUUAUAUUUGCCUAUCUUUACCUAAGCUGAAAGUGUCAAACAAGGAAGCAGUUUUUAAAAAUUACUUCCUUUGUGCUGGUCAUAUCCUGAUCUUAAUUACAAUGAAGGUACUUUCCCCUGUCUCGUUGUUUUAGUCAUACCGAUAAAAAAGACAAACUGCAA